GCGAGUCUCAGCGAUGACUGAGGCACGGGUAGAGAUUGAGUCUCUACAUUUCUCUGUUGGGAUCCUUGGAAUAUCCGCAGGUUCCCUUUUGCUGUUGGUCAAUGGCUACAGUCACACCCAGACAGGCCCAUGUAUUCCAAGCACUGCACUGGGAAUCUUGCUACUAAUCGUUGCUGCUCUCCUGGCCUAUGCAGGUGUGAGACGGAGCCUGAACCAUGCCCCUGUGUUUGUGUCAGUGUUUCUCACCAUCUCUGCCCUCUGGUGUGGCUCAGGACUUGUUCACAUCCUGGUUGGGCAAGGGGUGGUGGUGGGGCAGGCUGGGCUGCGUGAUGCCCUGGUUCCAGGGCUGGUGGCAUUUACCCUGGCUCUGCUGAUAAUAGGAGUGGUGGGGGUCAUGCAGAGGGAGGUAGUCCUGUCGGUCAUCUCCUUCACAGUGUGCCUGGCAUGUGCACAUGAAAUUGCUGGGCUGUAUGAUCGCUCCUUUGGACAGGGGGCCACGGCCGCCAAUUACCUGCUGGUCUGCCUUUUGGGGGCAUACUUUGGCACAGGGCGGAUGCUCAAAUACAUCACCAAGGGCAAGCUCCAGCUACCAGGCACUGGCCUGGUUAAGAUAGACAAGCUAACAGUCUCGCAAGCUCAGGACAAGAACGACAUUGUGAUAACUGGCCUGGUGAUGAACCUGCUCUCAGCCAGCGUCUUCGCCUGCCGUCUGUUGGGGGUGGUCUCCACUCUUUUCCAGGGUCAGGUUCCUUGGCUGUGGACUGCUGGGGUUUACCAGAUUGGGGUGUGCAUCCUGUCUUACCGCUGCCUUGACACACUCUCUGCCACCUUCUACGGUUUCACCUCGGUGCUGAAAUUCGCUGAAGGCUACACCCUCCUUCUGACUGUCUGGCGCCCAGCUGAGCCCUACUUCCCAGUCCCCUUCCCUGCUGUCUUUUCCAUCCUAUUCUUUGUGCUGGCCCUUUUCAUUACGCAGAAGAGUCUGGCAGAUGGGCUUUACCUCCUGUUCUACGUGGCCUAUUGCAUUGCCAUUGCUGCCCAGCCCCAAGGCUUCUUCCAGGGAGGCACCCAGGGAGUCCAAGCUGCCAUUUUCAUUGUCUCUGCCAUCAUGGUACUUGUUUCUCUCCACAACAUGGCAUCACCUUGGAGGAUCCCCACUGGAGAAGGGGUGGUGAAGGCUUUAGUCUCCAGGACCAGUGACUUAAACCUACGAGAGCAAGAUAAGGACUUGCACGCGCCCUACUUGGGUUACUCCAAAUAUGCUGAUGCAGAAGUGCUAGGCCAUGCCUGCAGUGUGCUGGCUGCCUUUGCCAUUACUGCAACCGUCAGCCCAAGUGGACCCCUUGGCAUCGUGAUCCUGCCCUGGGCAGUGGUAGCUGGUGGAGCCCUCCAACUGCUGUCUGGCUCAGUGGCAUUUGCACGGGGCAAGACCCUAGAGAGCACGGCCUUCAUCCUCUAUGGCAUCAUGUGGGUGGUGUGGGGGCUGACCAGAUAUGGCGGUCUUUAUGGGGCCACAAGGGGCUUCAAUGUGGCUGUGGGCAUCAUUUGCUUCAUGCUUUUCAACUGCUUUGUGAUGGUAGGGACCCUCUUCCUCAGCAAGGCCUGGUUUGCCUAUGCUCUAACUUUCGAGCUCAUCCUGAUCAGCUUCCUGCUGGACGCAGUCAAUGCGCUCCCCUUUGGCUACGACAUCGGGGUGACCAUCAUCUUCGGCCUGGUCAGCUUCUACUGCUUCCUGGCCAACCUUUUCAACAGCAGCUUCCAGAGCCCCCAGCUGCCUGUUGGCGAGCCCAUCAUCAAGCUGAGCGGCUACGGGGGCAGCAGUGGCAAGUGUCCCCAUGUCCCUGCCAGAAAGGCUACUUCUGUCCAGAAGAUUGCAGACAUCCUAAAGAACGGUGGCACCUGCGGGAUUCCCACGGACACAGUCUAUGUGCUGGUAGCUGCUUGCAAUCGGCCCGAUGCUGUAGAAAAGGCAUACAAAUCGAAGGUGCAUGCUCAGGACCGGCCCAUGUCCUUGUGGAUCUCAAGCAUCAAGCAGUUAGAGCCAGCCAGACACCUCAUUAACCCACUACUCUGGGACUUCAUGGAGGCAGCCUGGCCCUCCUCCAUCAGCAUGGUCAUCCUGAGAGGUAAAUGGCUUGAGUGCUUUGGUCUGAAAGACUCGGCGAAGUACAUUGGCACCCCUCAAAGCAUCGCCAUCCGUAACCCCAACUGCACCGUCACCACGCACCUCAUCGACUUGGUGGGUCCCAUUGCAGUGACGUCAGCAAAUCCAACAGGAGAAGCAGACACUACCCACCACAACCAGGUCUACGCUAAACUGGGAGAUAAGGUGGAUGGGGUUUUGUGUGACGGGCCUUCCCCGGAGAAUAUUGCCUCCACUGUUGUGGACUGCACCAAGAUAGAAAGCGGGAACAUUGGCUUCUUCAGAGUGGGCAUCUUCCCCAAAUCCCAGGUGCUGCAAAUCUUUGAGAGGGUUCAGAGAAAACACAGAGGAGGAGGAGUGGACAAUACUGCCUUCGUGACUGAUAUCAUUGAGGAGACCACAACUCCGGAGACGGCUCUUCACUCCAAAGGAGAACUUAGAUCUGUGAAGGAGGAGGUCGAACUUCAAGAAGAGGGGCAAGACAAAUAGGGAAGUCUAUAGGAACUUCUAAGGCUAUUAUUUCAGAGAUUCUGCAUAAAGUGAAACAUUCAAGAACAAGUUAUUUGAAGUGGAUACCUGGUUGAGGAUGCUUCCAAGCUAUAUACUCAUAAGAAGUACCCAAACAUACAGGUAUCUUUAUAGUUGAAUAGCAGCUGUUGUGAUAUAUCUGCUUGGCCACCCUAGCCUGACUCUUGUUGCACAGGUAAAAUAAUAUUAUUGUAAAUAAGUAGACCCAGCUACUGUUCUGUCAAUCUCACUCACUGUAUAGACAACUGCCUUUGUAAACACAUGCAAAAAUGAGUGAAGUCAUUAUAGUAUAUGUGGAGGUUUAAUCCUAUGUAAGUUUAAAUAUAAUAAAUAAUACUUGAAUUAAAGGAAGCUUUACAGCAGAUUGUACUUAUAAAGCUAUUCCAGUUAUCAUGUAAUGAUUUUUGAAGUUGUCAAUGUGACUGUUUGUAUAUUUUUAUUGAUAUAUUUAUAUAAUUUUUGUAUUUAUUUUUUAAAGUGUUAAUUCAGGAUUACAUAAAUAAAACACCCACACACUAAAGUGUUUUUUUAGAAAGGUUUGCUAAUAACAUUUGGACAUAACAUAUAAAGGAACAGCAACAUUACAGUCAAAUUGUCUCCAACAAGACCUACAGUUGGAAGUCAAUAGAUUUUUUGAAUAAAGCUUUUAUGUUUAUGUGCAUGUGGUCCCU